AUGGAGGAAUAUACUCGCGAGCCUUGUCCGUAUCGAAUUGGAGAUGACGUGGGCUCAGCGUUUGCCAUGGGUCUUGUUGGUGGUUCAAUCUUUCAAGCAUUUUCUGGAUACAAGCAUGCUGCGAAGGGUCAUAAAUUGUUAGGAAUGAUGCGCGAGGUAAGGAUGCGAAGCUCUGUAACUGGUGUACAGUUUGCUGCAUGGGGUGGAAUGUUCAGUACUAUUGACUGCUGCUUAGUAGCCAUUCGAAAGAAGGAGGAUCCCUUCAACUCAAUUGCUUCUGGAGGUCUGACAGGAGCAUUGCUAGCAAUUCGAAGUGGACCCAAGGUAAUGGCAGGAUCUGCUAUACUAGGGUCGGUAAUUUUGGCUAUGAUCGAAGGAGUUGGUUUGAUAACAACUCGGUGGAUGGGUUCAAUGGUAGAUCCAACGGCACCACCUGUAAGUUUUAUCCCGGAGGCGCUAGAAGACCCUAGAAGUUUGCCAUCUCCGAAGAGUCAAGCUGAGCCGGGUCUUAACGAUGGUCACACCAAAAUGCCUUUCGGUUUGCCGUCGGCUUUGCCGAAUAUUUCGUAA